AACUUUCAAAGUGCGAACGAAAUCCAAGUGUCGGAAUAUUUUUGUGUUAUUCGGCUCCUAACCAGACAAGUAAAAUGUUGCUCAAGGGUGGCUUUUGCAGGCAGCUGUUGUCAGGUUUUCUGAAACCCGGACAUAACCAACAAAUCGCCACCCUGAAGUGCUUUGCGCCGCCUAUUGAAUACAAAAAUGUUGUUAUACCGGAUAGGCCAAAACUUCGGUUCAUGGACAAAGUACCAAUCCUGCCAACGAACAUGAAAGCACCAAAGAUGCAGAAAAAACUGAAAUUCAUGCGUGGUCCGGAAACGGUACACAAUACGUUGCUCUACAAGCAGUAUGGAAUUGUGGCCACUGGCGGAGGCCGCUUGCGGUGGGGUCAUUUCGAAAUGAUGCGUUUGGGUAUAGGCCGAAAGAUGGAUGUUAAUCGAAUGUUUGUUAUCUGGCGUGUGGAUGCUCCGUGGCAGCCGAUUUCCAAAAAGGGACAAGGACAACGAAUGGGUGGAGGAAAGUCGGCCAUCGAUCACUAUGUAACUCCCAUCAAGAGCGGACGGGUGAUCGUUGAGAUGGCUGGAAAGUGCGAAUUUGCCGAGGUGAAACCGAUUUUGGAAACAGUUUGCCACAAGCUGCCCUUCAAAGCUAUGGUGGUAUCGCAGGAAACUUUAGAAGAAAUGCAAGCGGGUCAGGAACGGCUGGAUCAGGAGAACCUCAAUCCCUAUACAUUCAAGUACAUCAUCCAAAACAAUUUGGGAGGUUGUCAUAGAUGGCUAGCGCCAGUAGAUCACAAAUGGUUUGGAAAAUACCACUAAAUGUUGCAAAUAAAAUAGUCAAACCUCAA